ACUUUACCUCUUGCCAUGCUUGACGAACACUUGGAGCGCUUUCGAAAAGAACUACAUCGUGUCUUUAGGAAGCGAUCGGCCACUCUUCCAACAUAUAAACCGAGUUCUGGGCCAUCGUCAUGGAAGGAAUUCGUUGCCUCGCUCAAAGUGCCGAAGUACGCAUCACAACCGAUGCUUAUGCUGCAGACCUUUCGCGGCGCGGAGGAUCCGAGGCUUUUCCAGGUGCAGCUCCACGAGAUCUUCCGCAGAGGUCAACACACCUUAUUACAAGAUGUUUCGGGAAGUGGAAAGACCAGCCUGGUCAUUGAAGGCCUGAGACACCACUGGGGCAUGUACUUCGUUGGCGGUAUCGAUAGCUGGUGCAUCGGCUCGAACGACAUUACCAAAACGCUCCACGCGCUCUCCAAUACCUCCCUAGAGCGUAUCAUGUGCGAAGAAAUCCGCAUGAAUAUGCUCAAGGUUCCCCUCUUGGUUCGCCUCCUGGCUUUCGAGAUGUUUGCCGAGACGGUCGAUAUCUCGAGUGCAACGGAGAAGGAUCGCGAGCUGUGGCUCCUUGUGCAGGCCUGCAGCCAGCGUUACUUUCGACCUACGGACGAAUACGCGAUGCUCACAUUCUGGAUGCACGCUCGCGAGCCCAAUCACAUCGACACUGAGAUCGAAAACGCCAUCACCCGCAUUCGCACUCUCACAAAGGACCCCGACUUCCAUUUUUUCGCCGUCAUCGACGAGGCGCAGGUACUCGCGCCGCGCAUGGGAUCAUGUUCAUUAGACGUACCCCAGAUCUCACCUCACCGGGAGUUCGCGCGGGCAUGGGAAACAUAUCCAUGGCUCACUGUGGUUGUGUCUGGCAUAGCUCUGCCCCUAGAGCUGUAUCCUCUAGACGGCUCAACCUCGCGUCCUGUCUAUCGUAUCACGUCCGCUACUGGGUCAGCCGAUCGGUCGCGCGUUGCCCGGUAUAUCAGGAAAUAUCUCUCACCUGACAUCGCCGCCACGAAUUCGGGAGAGCGCUUAGUAGCUCGCACGAGCGCCUGGCUCCACGGGAGGCACCGCUUCUCUGCCGCAUAUGCAUCUUUCUACCUGGAACAUGGGCCAUACGCCCCGCAUACACUCUUGGACGACUUCAUCAAAAGAAUGACCGGCUUCACCCCCUCGGACGGCGAGCGGUUCGUCCGUGAGGAAGCGACGCCUAUGAAUCACGCGAAGAGCUCGUACCUACCGCUCGAAACCGUCAACAAGCAUACACCGCCAAUCGUGCGUAGCACCAUGCACCACGUCCUGUUCCAAUUCCUUGUUACUGGGGAAUGCCGGACCAGCUUCGGAAGGGACCGCAUCGCCCUGGUCGAAAACGCAGCUGGACGCUUCUGCGAUGACAACGCCUCUCAGAUCGUGGUCGACGAGCCUCUCUGCCUCGUCUCCGCCGCCCAAUGGUUCUGCAGUUCCGAGGCGAAAAGCGCCGGGUUCUUCGAACAUGAGCUCAUAUACAACACCGACGAUCCUGACAUGUCGAGCGCGCGCGAGCACGCCGUGCUACUCCUGGCGCAUGCGCUCAGCGAAGCGCGUCCCCUCACCGACAUCUUAUCGUUUCCGGGACCGUCACAUUCGCGGCAGCGCCUGAAAGCUGAGCUCGUCGAAUUCCAUCGCUCAGUCGAUGGCGGUAGAACCGUAUUCUAUCCCUUCAGCUAUGCACGACUGUCCACGUCUCGCCCAGUGGUCCUCGCCACCAACUGCGCCAGCUACUCUGACGUCCUCGCGUGGCUGCGGCACGAACGCACAUCGCCGUUCUGCCUGUUGCCAGACCGGAAGAGCCUCCUAUCCGCGAUGAGGUUCUCGGAUGGGACGUUCUGCUGGGUGGUAGCGCAGACGUCGUCGGAGACCUCGGAUGACCUCGCGCGAUCCUUCUAUCCUCCGGGGUCGAUCGAGGAGGGCACGUCGCAGGUUAUGGCGCUCCUAUCCCAUAUACCCGCACCCUGCGAUUUUCUAGGAUCGCCGCCAAUCCUCCGCGUAACGAUCCCAUGGCCCUCAGCCAGUCUACUCGCCGACGAGCCCGCUCUCAACAUGACGUACCUGGAGUCAAUUGCGUCGGGUAUCGAACAGAGAGACGUUCUCCUUCGCAUUGUCUCCAAUGUCAUACGGGUCACUGAAGCACACAUGCCCGAUGCGAGUGAGCUCCUGGACCCCGGACUUGUGAGCCCGACGAAGAUGCCCAGCCGGAAGGCUGGCGCAAGGUCUUCGAGGCGUUCGAGAAAGUCGCAGGACAAGUUCUCAAGGCCACCCGAACAGACACGAUAUGAUCUUCGUCCGCGACGGAAGGAGAGCCCGCCUUCGACAAGUCCUGUUGGUCCGGUGACGCGUAGCAUGGCAACGAAAGGUUUUCAGCCCAUUGCACAACCCCAUCAACGGAUAAGAAAGCGUGCGUCAUUGGACGACUACGGCCCGCGACCCCAGAAGCUGGCGAAGCGACCCCGUACCGUUGCAUAGCACUCUGCCCAUAGGAGAUCGGUGCACGACGCGCGCGGUAGUCCCUGUAUUUAUCCGUAUUUAUGUUCGGCUAGGCUAUUCUCACCGCGGUAAUUGUAGAUUCAGGCAUUGUCCAUACUAAUGGAAAGAUUAUGUGGGACUUCGGC